CCAGGACCGGCUCGGUCAGAGGCAGGUCCAGCAUAAGCUCCUUCCCCGAGCGCCGCGGAGCCUGGUCCCGGGCUGGCCCCUCUGCUGCCCCCGGAGCGGGCCAUGCCGCCGCGGGAGCUGAGCGAGGCCGAGCCGCCCCCUCUCCGGGCCCCGACCCCUCCUCCGCGGCGGCGCAGCGUGACCCCCGAGCUGGGCAUCAAGUGUGUGCUGGUGGGCGACGGUGCGGUGGGCAAAAGUAGCCUCAUUGUCAGCUACACCUGCAAUGGGUACCCCGCGCGCUACCGACCCACGGCGCUGGACACCUUCUCCGUGCAAGUCCUGGUGGAUGGCUCCCCGGUGCGCAUUGAGCUCUGGGACACGGCGGGACAGGAGGACUUUGAUCGGCUGCGCUCGCUCUGCUACCCGGACACCGACGUCUUCCUGGCCUGCUUCAGCGUGGUGCAGCCCAGCUCCUUCCAGAACAUUGCCGAAAAAUGGCUGCCGGAAAUCCGCACUCACAACCCGCAGGCACCCGUGUUGCUGGUGGGAACCCAGGCUGACCUGAGGGACGAUGUCAAUGUACUGAUUGAGCUGGACCAGGGUGGCCGCGAGGGACCUGUCCCCCAGCCGCAGGCUCAGGGCCUGGCUGAGAAGAUCCGGGCCUGCUGCUACCUCGAGUGCUCGGCCUUGACCCAGAAGAACCUGAAGGAGGUGUUCGACUCGGCCAUCCUCAGUGCCAUUGAACACAAGGCCCGGCUGGAGAAGAAGCUCAACGCCAAGGGCGUCCGCACCCUGUCCCGCUGCCGCUGGAAGAAGUUCUUCUGCUUUGUAUGAGAAGCCCAUUCUACCCGCUAGCCCCCUGUCCAGAGGGGGGAGCAGUGUGUGUAGCCAGUGGUCCACAGGAGGCCAGAGACUUCUGGAACCUGGGGCCUGGCUGCCCCGUGGGACUUAAUUACCUGGUGGACACUGUGGGGACCUGGGCCUCAAGCUGCUCACUCUGCUAAGCCAGGGUGCUCCUGAGGCCUUGCAGUGGGCAAGCGGUUCCCCUAGAAGAAGCCAGCCCUUGGAUUUGCAUGGGAUGCUACCUGCACUGUCAGCCACCCCGGCUGAGCAGUCUGGCAUCCAGUUCCCAAUUUUGUACACACAUAGGCUUGCCGGUCAGCCUAGCUGAAUUAGGACCCCUGUCCCAGACCCUGCUGGACCCAGGGGUGAGGAAGAACCUGGCGCCAGCUGGCUGAACGGCUUGGAGGGCUGGAAGGACUGACAGACACGUUGGGAUGGAAUGGGUGAAGCAAAGGCUGGUGAGGGAUGGAGAGAUGGAGCACCGGGAAGACGAAGCCUGGAGGUGUGGGGCUGGAGGCUGGGCCUGAGGGCCAGGGCUGGAAGGAGGAAGGCGAGGAGGGGGGGAACAGGAGCGCAGGCUGACACCUGGGCUGCCCUCAGCCCUUCAGGCCAGGGAGGGCGGGGCUGGCCCUGGGAAGAUCUGGGUCUUAGGGCUCCCCAGGCACUGCCCAAACUGGCUGGGCCAGGAGCUGGGGCAGGAAGUGAGAGUACUGGCUCAGGCCGAGGAAG